CGUCAAAUCGCUCUGCUCGAGACAAGUCCACGGCACAGUGGCGAUUUCGUGCAGCAGGGCGACUUUCAUUUUCGAUGCCCCGUGUUUAAUGAUAGGAAUAAAGUCGAAGUCCUUAAUGUUCAAGAAAACGACCUCGUGGCUCCUCCUGAGACUGGAUAUCAGAGCAUCAAUAAGACGAACCUCGUCAAGCCGAUAGGGUACGGUGACCCACACAAUGAUGUAGUUUUCAAUCAAGUGAAUUACCCCAGCCCAUUGUACCAGACAAGCCCUCCAAACAUGAGCUCUUUUUUAAACCAAAAGUAUCCCCACGGCUACUACCAACCACAGAGGCAAGCCAAUUUUGUAAACCAGGCUUUCCCGAUGAGGCAACCGCAGCCUCAGGCUCAAUCGAAUUUCGUAAGCCAGGCUAAUUUGAACUAUCUACAACCGCAAAAUCAAAGCACCCCCGUGAACCAGCUGCAUCGCCAGGCUGAUGCCAACUUUAUCAACCAGGGUAACUUAUUGAACAACCAACAGCCCAGAAACCAAACCCCAUUUUUAAACCAGGUUCCUCCAGUGAACCAUCCACCCGGUCUGCCUAACUUCGUUCCCCCGUGUUCCACAUCGAAGCAUUCCCAGCCUCCGUCGUCAACAUACCUUUUGGGCAAAAAUCGUCCCGUUUGUCAACCCAACGAUCCAAACCAAUCGGGUCUCUACAGCAAUCCGACACUCCACACCCAACUGUUACAGCAGGCCAGCCUUGGGAAUCAGGUGCAAGCCAUUGGUCAAAGUAGCCCUGUCUUUAACACCCCUAGCAACCCACACAGUGCAGUGUCCUCAUCACAGAGUCUCAAAUACCCUCAAAACAGUGCCAACAAUGCAUCCCAGCUCGUGGAUAUCCAACCCAUCAUCGUCAAAAAAGACAACACGAAAAGCAAUACCGAAUUAAACGCGUGCACCACACCGCCCGAAUACCACGCGACCACCAAGCUAAAGUGUCAGUCUGCCCCCUCUCAUUUCACAGAGUGCACUAGCCCCAACAACACGCUGAGCGAAAGCUGCGUCGUCAACCAGGACAUCCAUGUGGAUAAAACGAAUUCGUUGAAUCAGAUCUCCGCCCUGCAGCUCAGCAACCAGACCGCUGUGCCCUUCACUUCAAGCAGCGUCGGUUACGAGGCAUGUUCGAAACCGAACUCGGUGAAAUUCUCAGACCCGCUCAUCUCAUACGCCUCACACGCACCGACGUCUAUCAACGCGGACUCCAAAAACGAACGCUGCAACGAAAGGGAGCUUUCUAAAACGUCCGUUGCCAGUCACCAUCUCCGAGACCAGUCUUCGGCCAACAGCCAACAGCAUCGAAUGUUUGAUUCAGAGUACACGUGUGAAGCCUGGCGCGCUGCCGAUACUUUCUCGUACACCCAGGAGACGUUGAGCUACGAUAACGAGUAUCUCUUGAGCGACCUGAGCCGCUACGAGAACAGCGAGUUCUCCAAGGUCGCGGACAUGACGACCCAGGUGAGCAGGUCUCAUCUGUACGUCGCCACCCAGAUGAGCAGCACCGACACCAUUCACUCUCUGCCCAUGGCGUACAACCCGGAGGAGGUCGGCACCGGGCGGGAUCGCGCCUGGCAGUCGUUCGACACCGUCGAUGCUCCCGAUCCGACGCAGCUUGCGAGCUCGAGCUCGGCGCUGUUCAACCACCAGGUCAGUUACAG